AUCUGGCCUUCUGGUAUGUAAACAUUAGGGUUUGUGAACGAUAAACCGAUGCGAGAAGGGCGCAAAAACUUGAGCAGCCGGACCAACGGAGGCGAGUAUGGUAACUUUCUUGCUUUGUAACUUGUUCACUUUCAAAUGUUGCACCUUUGUUACCUACCUGGAGUUACUAUUGUUAUGAUAUUUUGAGUAUGGGAUCGUUUACUUUUCCAAGCUAACACCCAUGUGACAAAUACUUCUAUGUACUCAUCUGUGCUUGGAAGAGAUGUAUCAUUAUUUAAGGGGCUUUGCACUAGGUUGGACUACUAGGUUGGACACAAGAAAUUCUUAAGUGACUCACACGUAUUUCACUCCUCUGACGGUGCGUCUUUGUCCAGGCGCCGUUUUUGUUUCCUUGUUAAAGCAAAUUGCUCCCGUCGUCGUAUUUUCCUCCUCCUCAUCAUCCUCCGUGAGCCAAAGAUUCAUUUAUUCCGUAAUGUCUACCUUCCUUCAGCAUGUCCAGAAGUCCAUGACUCAGCAGGAGACACGACAGGGCGGCACGGAGAUUGACAAUGAUCUACAGCCAAUCAGGGCGCAGAAGAUAAUGGACGGUGCAGACAGAAGAGAGAGAAAAGAGAGAGAGAACCUCUGCUAAGCACGGAACUACAACACUCAACUUCCCACAAUGUAAUUCUUCUUAAAGAGCCAGGCUCGCCUUGUAACAGCGUUCAUACGCUAUAAAAAAGAAAAAGCACUACAAUUUCAUUUAAAAAAACAGCAAAAAAGUCCGCAAAAGGUGAACCGCGGUGAAGCGAGGGAACACUGUAUCUAGAUUCGAGUCGAAACGUCUGUCACAAAGAGAUUUACAUCCCUCGUAAGCGUUAUCUCAAUGCUGGUCUGCUUCUCAAGUGUAUAAAUCUUAAAUCUGCUAUAAAUGUGUUUCUUCAUUUUCAUGUGGAAGUAAAAUAAAUGACCUACAUGGUUCACUUCCCCAAUCUGGCUUGGUUGUGACGAAUAUCUGUGAGCGGUGACAUUUAUAAGGUCCACUCUGCUGCAUUAGUUAGGGAGCAAAAGUCAACAGUGCGACAUCCCAUUGAUGGAGAAAACACACACAGAGACGCCAUAAAGACAUUAGUUUUACAUUUUAAACAAAUAAAAAUAGAGGAUCUGAAGAGCCAUGCACACACCUUCACUCCUGUGGUCCACCUGCUCAUAAAUCAGGAGUUACUCGUCCUUCAAGGCUCACCCUAUAUAAGCAUCAGAGCAGCCCUGCAAGCGCUACAAGCAUCGUCGCCUCACCAUGAAAAGUGUCCUGGCGUUUGUGUUGCUGCUGUGUGCGUGCGGAAGAAGCCUGGGUGUUCAGGUCAAGGAUGGAGACAGGAGCUUCCCCUUGCAAGCAGUGAAGCAGCUGAAGGCGCUGAUGGAUGUCGACCAGCACGCCAGCCCUCACCUCGCCCAGACCAGUGCGGCGGCCGUGUGUGACAACCCCGUCCUGCCGCAGGUCUUCCACCCCGUGUGCCUAGGCCAAGGGGCCGCCAUGGUGUUCUCCAGGCUAGUGAAUGUCCUCAUGUCUUCAGACCCCUGUGAGAUAUGUGCCAACCCUUCCUGCUUUGGCUGCCUGCACUGAGCCAUUUUUUGUGUUUUUUUUGUUUUUAAAUAAAUGCCUCCUGAAAACCUCUGCUGCGCUCCACC